CUUUUGAUCCUUCAGCUCUCAAACAGGCCCUGAACAAAAAGUCGAAGGCCCCUCAAGCUCGAGCUCCAGGUCAAAAGAGAGGGAAGAAGAGAGCUCGAGAUUCAGGCCCUGAGAACAUUAGGUGUGGGCCAGGCGAACCUUCUGCCCGGGGACAAUCUUCGACCAUACAGGCCAAUGAAACUCCAACUGCCCCUCCUCGGUCAUGUCCUCGGCCAAGGAAUACCCCUGGGGUUGUUAACCUCGAGGAUGAGGUCCCCCCUAUGCCUUCAUUCCAAAGCCAAGAUCCUGACCGGCGUCCCCUGGGGUCCAGCAUCGUGGACAAAUAUCGAAAGGACCUCGAAUUUGACGAGGGAAUGAAGGCUCUUGAAUCCCUUACACUAAAGGCUCUGAGCAUUGCCCAAAGCCUUUCUCUAAAGGGAAAGACGAGGCUAUAAAAAUGCUGAGCUCAAGGAUACUUCUCGAGCACAUGAGAAGAGGAUAGCCGACAUGGAAGCUGAGCACUUCCUUCUCCAGAGGGAGCUCAAGGACUCGAAGAACGACGUCCAGAGGGCUUGGGAAGAGGUUGGGGCUGCCAAGGACGAGGCUGAGGAUUUAAAGCUCAAGAUUGAGCGUUUGAAGAUUAAUUUCGAAAUUCGCCUGGCUGAAGCUCGAGGGGUUGCGAUCGAGGAUUUCAAAAUGUCCAAGGAGUUCAACGGGCUUAAGGGAGAGUACGCCAUGGGCUCGUACUUCCACGCUUUCAAAGAGGCUUGGACAUUUUUGAGGUCGAAGCCCGACGCCAAACCCGAGGAUUUAAAGAGCAUCCUUGAGGUUGCUGAUGACCUCGAGCUUUCAGAGUCCGAGGAAAUCGUCGAGGACCAUGAGGUCAAUAUUGACGACGAGGAUGCGGCGGAAGAGCAGGGGAGCACGGCAUCGGGAGAAAGAGCCGAGGGCCUAGAUUAGUUUAUGUUUUUCUCAUGAUGACAUCCCCCUUCUUUUGUAUUUUGAACAAGUAUUUUGCUCGAUCUUAGAUAAUGUUCCAUUUAUGGUAUUUUGCUUGAUCAAGUAUUUUUCA